CCAGCCAUUUGCAUUGAUACCGUUGCUGUCUUAGUUUGUUCUACUUUUCAUCGGUCGAUCUCAGCUUGAUUCAAGUGGCAAUUCUUCAUACAUAUGAGCGACUAUUGAGAAAUUAACCGACCUUAAAACCCAUCAGGUAACCUGGCACAGAUAACGGAAAGUGUCAAGUAGCUAAUCGGCACGGUUGACUUCCCUUCUUUACGUCAGCGCUGUUCUAUAGAGGCAAAGAGUUUUUCAAUUGUAUUUGCUUUGUGGCUGGAGGGGUGUAAUUUAUGAGAACGAAAUCAACCGUUCCAUAAGCUCUCAUCAACUCGCUAUAUCGAGACAACCCAUAAAAACGAAAGGUAUGUCGCUGAAAAUCAUGUCUGUAAUGGCCCUCGUACUGGGUUUGUCCUCUGUUGCCCAAGUGGUCGCUAAACCAGUAGAUAAACGAUCUUCCUUGUGUAGCUCUGGAGAUCUCUUGUGCUCGAGGAACAUGGCGUCUGACGCCGUUGAGACGUCUCCUCUUGGAGUCGAGGAUGAAGGAACCAAAGAAGAGAAUUGUCCACCAGGAUAUUGGUGUCGCAGAAGUGAGUUGGUUAGGGAUGAAGAAACUCAUGAAGAAAAUUGUCCACCGGGCUAUUGGUGCCGAAGAAGUAUGAUACCAAGGAAUGAAGAUACUCAACAAAAAGAUUGCCCACCAGGCGAUUUAGAGUGCCGAAGAAGUGAGCCGGUUAGGGAUGAAAAAACGCAACCAGAAAAUUGUCCUCCAGGAUAUUGGUGUCGUAGAAGUGAGUUGGUUAGGGAUGAUGAAACUGAUGAAGAAAAUUGUCCACCCGGGUACUGGUGCCGUUGAGUCAAAGAUUCACAGUGUCAACCGAGCACAAGUUGCUGAUCCAUUGUCUAUAGAAAUUUACGCCAUUAUCGCAGUCUGGGGAUGCUACUGCUGAAACAAUACUCGCCAGAGAAUCAAGGGAACGGAGCAGUUAUCAUUAAAAUGUUUAGGUUUUAAAAGUUUGUUGUUCAACUAGUAAUUGAAAAUAAAUCUUCAUCAAAA